AUGGCGCUCUCUGAAUACUCCAAUAGCAGCAAUCACCCUCCAAAUACCACCCUCAAGCCCCCUGAAUCCAAACACCGCGUCCUCAGUAGACUCCACAGAUCCCACCUCCGGCCCAAACUCCCACUUCCUCUCCCAGAGCACCAGCGCCUGAACCCACUCCUCGUCCCUCUUCCCGAGCGCAAGAGAAUGGCCCUCAGCAUCCUCUCCACCUCGCCCCUCAACGCGCCAAACCGCGCCAAAGUCGAAGCCUACGUAGCCACCGUCCAGACCGCCGCACGAGGCAACAAAUCCGCGCUCGAAUGCUGGUUCCACGCACCAUGGGUCGCAAAACCCGGCGACAAGCGCUGGCGCACACACACCAUCUCCAAGGCAUUUACAUUCCGCUUUGCGUUUGCACGAAUCCAUGUGGGGUUCCACUACGGCGUGUGGGCGUUACUCUGCGCAGGGCCACUCAGUGAUGAGGCCCAAAAGGGGCUUGUUGAAGUUAGUCAGGACAAGAAGGUGACGUGGAAGACGGAGGGGUAUGAUCUGAGUCACUUGUGUGGGAGCUGGGUGUGUUGUAACCCUGCGCACUUGGUUGCGGAGCGUAGGAGGGUGAAUAUGGAGCGGAAGAGGUGUCACAGGAUGGCGAGGUGUGUGGGUGGGAAGGGUGGAGAGCAUGAGCCGAGAUGUGUUGUUGGUGUGCAGUUGGCGAGUAGGGUGUUGGGGAAUAGGAGGGAUGAGGUUGUGGAGGAGUGGGAUAGUGAUUGCUGA